AUGGCAUCUCUGCGCCGCAGCUCAGUGCAUUCGCCGCAGCUCACCGCGAAUGCACCCUGCGGCGGACGAUCCAGUGGCAAUGUGACUCCUGCGGGAUUCUCAUCAGAUGUGGACCAUGUGGCCGUACCGCCAAGACCUGCCGUGGCCGUAUCGACCUUCACACGAGGGAAAGGAAAUGUCCUCGAAGAUGAUCAGCAUCGACUCAAGCUAAGGCUCAAACCCGAAGAGACUGUCGUGCUCGUGGGAGAAUAUGAUCUGGAGGUGCCUCAGGGUGUGGUCACAAUCUACGGCGCAAUGCUGCACUCUGGCCUGGGGUCUCAGAAAGUCUACGCUCCAAGCACAUCAGCUUUGCCGACGAUCACGGCGAAGAGAGAUGGCACUGUUAUCCUUCUCACUUCUUGUGCAACCCGGGGGCUGUCCCAACUUGAGCGCCUUAGUCCAAUGUUUCGCAGCAUUUUUGCAAGAGACGAUGCAAAGGGCCGGUCUUUCGUGCUUCUCUCGAGCACUGCCGACGAUCCUCUCAAUCGCGCCUUGACACCGCUCGAUACGGAUGAACAAGUAAAGAAAGUGCUGUCAAGACUCAGCGCAAAGCUCGACUCGAGCCCUGCCGUGAGGACCAUGGCUGUCGGACCGAAGUCUUCCGGCAAGUCGACUUUCAAUCGGCUGGUAUGCAACAUGAUAACUAGUAAAGCCGGGAUUCAGAAAUGCCUUUAUCUUGACCUUGAUCCCGGUCAACCAGAAUUUGGACCUCCCGGCCAGCUAUCUUUGGUCGAAGUGAGAGCACCUAUUCUCGGACCUGCUUUCACACAUCCAGCUUCCAUCCAGUCGAGAACUUUCCGUGUAGUACGAUCUCACACACUAGCUGCGACGACUUUCAAGGAUGAUCCUGAGCACUACCUCCAAUGUGCCUCCGACCUUGUUCGACGUGCUCCCAGAGACGUUCCAUUGGUCGUGAACAGCUGUGGAUGGGUGAGUGGACUUGGAGCAGAUGUUUUGUCGAGUUUGACAACAGCUCUUUUGAUCUCGGACAUCGUUUUUCUAGAGCCUAUCGAUGAUGAUGUUGUGGAGUCAUUGUCAGCACUUGUAUCGAACCAAGUUCAUCGCGUUCCACGACGUCAGCGUCAGCCUGGCAUGCGAUCCCCCGCAGAGCUGCGUGCGAUGCAGACUAUGGCCUACUUUCACCACAAACCGACAAGUACCAACGCCAAAUGGAUAUCCAAGCCUCUCAGCUCCAUGCGUCAUCUGGCACUGCCCUAUUCAGUCGAAGUUGCAGGCGUCAGGGCUAUUCUUUCUUACGGUCAGGCACCUCAUCCAGACUUCCUCGCUGAGACGGUCGAAGGCGCUGUAGUUGCCGUGGUCGUCCUAGAAGAUUCUGAUUGUUUGACCACGAAUGACAUUGCAUACACACUCGAGGAGAACCUUCCAUACAUACCACCCAACAACACGGGCCACACUCCUGCUCUUGACCCUGGGAAUAGCCAUUGCAUAGGCUUGGCACUGGUGCAAGCUAUCGACAAGGACAACAAGGUGUUGCAGCUACUCACUCCUAUCGCAGAAAGAGACUUGGUCGGGAUUGAUAGGAACUCCUCAAUUGUGCUUGUGCGAGGCAGCUUCGAUUCUCCCGACUGGGCUUAUCAGGAGGACCUCUUUGCUGGCGAUGACGCAAUGGAUGAAGACCGACCGUGGGUGAAUCGUAGAGCAGAUGUUGGCAUCGAAGGAGCGAUCUGGAGAUUAAGACACCCUCCCAUGGCGAAGGAUGUUCGGUAG